AUGACGAGCGAGCAAAGCGAUCAUGUCCACCAGCCAAGCCGCACUCUGUCGCCCGCAAAGGGCAGCCUGGAAGACUACUCCUUUCCGGUGCACCGCCUGAAGCAGGUGAUGGACGAUCCUGACAAGACUCCACUGCUGCUCGUUGCCUGUGGCUCGUUUUCCCCCAUUACCUAUCUUCACCUUCGCCUAUUUGAAGUGGCGGCGGAUUAUGUCAAGUUCAGCACCGACUACGAAAUCGUCGGCGGUUACCUGUCCCCGGUGUCAGACGCAUAUCGCAAGGCCGGCUUGGCAAGUGCAGAACAUCGGUACGACCUCCAAUUGGGCUCAUAUUUCUGUCUUGCUUCUCCGGACACUAACAGGUUUUCGGACAGGAUCGCGAUGUGCGAACUUGCGGUUAAUGAGACGUCGGACUGGCUGAUGGUCGAUCCCUGGGAGCCAUUGCAUAAAGACUACCAACCAACAGCGGUGGUGCUGGAUCAUUUCGACCACGAGAUCAAUGUGGUCCGUCAGGGAGUGGAUGCGGGGAAUGGGACACGGAAGCCCGUCCGGGUGGCCCUUCUGGCGGGCGCAGAUUUGAUUCACACCAUGUCGACACCCGGAGUGUGGAGUGAGAAGGAUCUGGACCAUAUUCUGGGGCGCUAUGGGGCUUUUAUUGUCGAGCGCAGCGGAACCGAUAUCGACGAGGCCCUCGCAGCGUUGCAACCGUGGAAGGAUAACAUCCAUGUGGUGCAGCAACUGAUCCAGAACGACGUCAGUAGCACCAAGAUCCGGCUAUUCCUGCGACGCGAGAUGAGUGUGCGGUACCUCGUUCCGGCACCUGUUAUCCAGUACAUCGAACAGCACCAUCUAUACGAGGACGAUGGGGCCGGAAGCACGGCGUCGGUUGACAAAGACAAGGGCAAGGGCAAACAAGCUGGGACAAAUACUGCUUGA